AUGGCAGCCUCAAGCGAGAACCAGUACGUUGAAACUGAAAUGCAGGACGAUAGAGAGUCGUUGGAGGAGGACGAAGAGCUAAUGCUGGAGACUUUACCGAGAUUGCCAUCGCCAAAUCAAGGAAACUUGGCCGAUGGAGUUGCUGGAGCUGAGACGAAUGAUGUGUGGAAUUUGAGUCGAAGGUUUCGCCAGGUCGUUGUUCAAAACGCCAUGGCCACUAAUGAUCAGGAUAACUAUAAACUUCUUUCUGCUAUUAGAGAACGUCUCGAUAGGGUUGGAUUGGAGGUGCCAAAGGUGGAGGUAAGGUUCCAGAACUUGAAAGUUGUGGCUGAUGUUCAAACGGGGUCAAGAGCUUUACCUACAUUGAUUAAUGUUACUCGUGAUUUGUUCCAGAGACUACUAAGUAGUUUGAGAAUAUUUAGACCUCAGAGAUACUCUUUGAACAUCUUGAACGACAUCAGUGGUGUUGUGAAGCCGGGAAGGAUGACCCUGCUCUUGGGGCCACCUGGUUCUGGGAAAUCCACCUUGCCUUUAGCUCUGGCUGGGAAACUUAGCAGGAACUUGGAGAAAAGUGGUGAUAUUACCUACAAUGGCCACAAACUCCAUGAAUUUCAUGUUCAAAGGACUUCCGCAUACAUCAGCCAAAUGGAUCAUUACAUUGCUGACGUCACUGUACGAGAAACCAUGGAUUUUGCUGCCAGAUGUCAGGGUUCUAGUGAUGCCUUUGCAGGAUAUUUGAAGGAUCUGAUCCGUUUAGAGAAGGAAAGGAACAUUCGUUCGAAUCCAGAGAUUGAUGCUUUCAUGAUGGCCUCUUGUGGAGGUGAAAAGCAUAGUGUUUUAACAGACUAUGUCUUGCAAAUGCUUGGUCUUGAUAUAUGUUCAGAAACAGUGGUCGGUGACGAUAUGCUUAGAGGUGUAUCCGGUGGUCAGAGAAAAAGAGGUACUACAGGAGAAAUGUUUGUUGGACCAAGAAAAACCCUAUUUACAGAUGAAAUAUCCAAUGGACUUGACAGCUCUACUACAUUCAAGAUUGUGAAAUGUGUAAAGAAUUUUGCUCAGCAAAUGGAUGCUACUGUACUAAUGGCUCUUCUUCAGCCGGCACCUGAGACAUUUGAGCUGUUUGAUGACCUGCUGCUAUUAUCAGAGGGGUAUCUGGUAUAUCAGGGCCCCCAAGCAGAGGUUUCAGAGUUUUUUGAGUCUUUAGGAUUUCGAUUGCCGGCACGUAAAGCGGUUGCAGAUUUCCUUCAAGAGGUACUCUGUGACUUCUAAAAAAAUCAAGCUCAGUACUGGGCAGAUCCCUCAAGACAAUACCAAUUCCUUCCUGUUUCAGAAAUGGCAAAUGCUUUUAAAAUUUCCAACUAUGGAAGGUCUCUACAGACCACGCUUGCUGUUCCAUAUGAUAAAUCUAGGAAUCAUCCUGCAGCUUUGUCCAAAACAAAAUAUGCUGUAUCAAAAUGGGAGCUCUUUAGACUAUGCUUUGCAAGAGAAGUGCUGCUCAUUAGCAGGCGUUGUUUCUUUUAUAUUUUUAGGGCAUGCCAGGUUGCAUUUCUGGGAUUCAUCACAUGCACCAUGUUCUUAAGAACAAGACUACAUCCCACAGAUGAGGAAAAUGGCAGCCUCUAUCUCUCUUGCCUGUUUUUUGGGAUGGUGCAAAUGAUGUUCAAUGGAUUUUUUGAGCUAACUAUGACGAUAUCUCGACUCCCAGUUUACAAGCAACGGGAUAAUUUCUUUCAUCCUGCAUGGGAUUGGCCUUGGUCUUUUGCCAAAUGGACUCUCGGAGUGCCUUUCUCCAUCAUCUAGACUGUUGAAUGGAGUUGUCUUGUGUAUUAUACAGUUGGUUUUUCCCCUGCUGCUUGUAGAUUUUUCCGUUACAUGUUGUUGAUUUUUUCCACACAUCAAAUGGCAUUGAGUCUUUACCGCAUGAUGCAUGCUACUGCCCCAGAUAUGGUCAUUGCUAAUACUUUUGGGGCAUCUGCUAUUUUAUUGGUGUUUCUUAAUUCAGAAAAGAUUGAGCCAUGGUGGUCCUGGGCCUUUUGGGUGUCACCACUAUCCUAUGGGCAGCGUGCAUUUUCUGUUAACAAAUUUUCUGCUACAAGGUGGAAGGAGAAAUCUGCUAUUGAAGACAACUCAGUAGGCUACAAUGUUCUCCAUUUGCAUAGUCUACCUGAUGAUGAUCAUUGGUACUGGGUUGGAAUUGAGGCUUUGCUACUUUAUGCAUUUCUUUUCAACAACAUUCUGACAAUGGCUCUGGCCUACCUUCAUCAGUUGAUUCUGCCAUUUCAACCAUUAAUAAUGAGUUUCCAUAACGUCAAUUACUCUGUGGAUAUGCCCAAGGCAAUGAGUUUGGAAGGUGAACCAACAAAGAAGCUCCAACUCUUAUCAAAUGUGAGUGGAGUAUUCUCACCAGGUGUUCUGAUCGCAUUAGUUGGGUCAAGUGGAGCAGGAAAGACCACGUUAAUGGAUGUGCUGGCUGGUAGAAAAACUGGUGGUUACAUAGAAGGGGAUAUUAGAAUAUCAGGUCAUCCAAAAGAGCAACGAACAUUUGCUAGAAUUUCAGGGUAUGUUGAACAAAAUGACGUACAUUCUCCUCAGGUGACAGUUGAGGAGUCCCUUUGGUUCUCUUCUUGUCUUCGUUUGCCAAAGGAAGUUAGCAAAGAUCAAAGAAAUGUGUUUGUUGAAGAAGUAAUGAGAUUAGUAGAGCUUGAUUCUUUAAGGCAUGCUUUGAUUGGUUUGCCAGAUAGUUCUAGUUUAACAACAGAACAAAGAAAACGCUUAACAAUAGCAGUGGAACUUGUUGCAAAUCCUUCUAUUAUUUUUAUGGAUGAACCCACAUCUGGACUUGAUGCAAGAGCUGCAGCCAUUGUGAUGCGAACUGUUCGCAAUACUCUUGAUACUGGACGAACCGUAGUUUGCACCAUUCAUCAACCAAGUAUUGACAUAUUUGAAGCAUUUGAUGAGAUUGGUCAGCUUAUAAAUGAGGGGCAGGUUAUAUACGGAGGGAAGCUUGGGAUAAACUCAAAGACUGCGAUAGAUUAUUUGCAGGGGGUUCAUGGAGUUGCUCCAAUUCCAUGUGGCUACAAUCCAGCAACUUGGAUGCUUGAGGUUACUACUCCUGCCGUUGAAGAGAAAAUUGGAGUAGACUUUGCAGAUGUAUACAAAAACUCUGAGCAAUACAGGGAAGUAGAAUAUUCCAUUAAAAAUUUGAGUGUUCCACCUGCUGGCUCAGAACCAUUGAAGUUUUCUACAUAUUCACAAGAUCAGCUUUCCCAAUGUUGGAUUUGUCUUUGGAAGCAAAAUCUUGUAUAUUGGAGAAGUCCUGAGUACAAUGCUGUGAGGGUAGCCUUUACAAUGGUGGCUGCAUUGGUUUUUGGCUCCAUAUUUUGGGAUGUUGGUUCACACAGGUAAAUUUCUUCUCUGAUCUCAUUAACCGGGUUAUGUUCAAAUAUUAAAGAUUUAUUGAUGGUUAUGGGAGCUCUGUAUGCUGCAUCCUUGUUUCUCGGGGUGAAUAAUGCUUCAUCAGUGCAGCCUAUCGAUAAAAUUCCUCAACUUCCAGAAUCGAUAAUGCAGAAACCACAUAUAAAAAAGUGCCAUAUGAUAUGGACAUGGUGA